AUGCUCACAGCGCGAUCAUUUCUGUCAUCUGCUCGCUCGCUUGCAAGAACAUCCCUUCUCAAUGCGAGAACAUUUUCAGACAAACCAAAGGGUCACGUUAUUGGUAUCGAUUUGGGUACCACAAACAGUUGCGUUAGUGUUAUGGAAGGAAAACAAGCUAAAGUUAUUGAAAACGCAGAAGGAGUCCGAACGACUCCAUCCACUGUUGCCUUCACUGCUGACGGUGAGAGACUUGUUGGAGCUCCAGCUAAACGUCAAGCCGUUACAAACUCUGCUAACACACUUUUUGCCACAAAGAGAUUGAUUGGAAGACGUUUCGAAGAUCCAGAGGUUCAGAAAGACUUGAAAGUUGUUCCAUAUAAAAUUGUCAAAGCUAGCAAUGGCGACGCCUGGGUUGAAGCUCAAGGAAAAGUGUAUUCUCCAUCACAGAUUGGAGCCUUUGUUCUUAUGAAAAUGAAAGAGACCGCAGAGAGCUACCUGGGAACAACCGUUCACAACGCUGUUGUUACUGUUCCAGCUUACUUCAACGAUUCUCAACGUCAGGCCACCAAGGACGCUGGACAAAUUGCUGGCUUGAACGUUCUUCGUGUUAUCAACGAGCCAACUGCUGCUGCACUUGCCUAUGGUUUGGAUAAAUCAGAGGAUAAGAUCAUUGCUGUUUACGAUCUUGGAGGUGGUACCUUCGAUAUUUCUAUUCUUGAGAUCCAGAAGGGAGUUUUUGAAGUCAAGUCCACCAACGGAGAUACCUUCCUUGGAGGAGAAGAUUUUGAUCAUGCUCUUGUUCAUCAUUUGGUGGCUGAGUUUAAGAAAGAUCAAGGAAUCGAUCUUACAAAGGACCCACAAGCCAUGCAACGUCUUCGUGAGGCCGCCGAGAAGGCUAAAUGCGAACUUUCUUCCAUCACCCAAACCGACAUCAACCUUCCAUACAUCACGAUGGAUCAAUCUGGACCAAAACACAUGAACCUCAAACUUACCAGAGCCAAAUUCGAGCAGAUCGUUGGAGAUCUUAUUAAGAGAACUGUUGAGCCGUGCCGAAAAGCUCUUCAUGAUGCCGAAGUUCCAGCAUCCAAGAUCGGAGACGUUCUUCUUGUCGGAGGAAUGAGCAGAAUGCCAAAGGUCCAGGCUACCGUCCAAGAGAUUUUCGGAAAGGUUCCAUCCAAGGCUGUCAACCCGGAUGAGGCUGUCGCCAUGGGAGCUGCUAUUCAGGGAGCCGUUCUUGCUGGAGACGUCACUGACGUUCUUCUUCUUGAUGUGACCCCACUUUCUCUUGGUAUUGAGACUCUUGGUGGAGUUAUGACCAAACUCAUCACUAGAAACACUACUAUUCCUACCAAGAAGUCGCAGGUGUUCUCCACCGCUGCUGAUGGACAAACUCAGGUGCAAAUCAAGGUCUACCAAGGAGAACGUGAAAUGGCCAACGAUAACAAGAUGCUCGGACAAUUCUCACUUGUCGGAAUUCCGCCAGCACCACGUGGUGUUCCACAAAUUGAGGUUACCUUCGAUAUUGAUGCUAAUGGAAUCGUCAACGUUUCCGCCAGAGAUCGUGGUACCGGAAAGGAGCAACAGAUUGUUAUCCAAUCUUCGGGAGGAUUGUCCAAGGACCAGAUCGAGAACAUGAUCAAGGAAGCCGAGAAGAACGCCGCUGAAGAUGCUAAGAGAAAGGAGCUUGUUGAAGUUAUCAACCAAGCGGAAGGAAUUAUCCAUGACACCGAGAGCAAGAUGACCGAGUUUGCUGACCAAUUGCCGAAGGAGGAAUGCGAAGCCCUGCGCACCAAGAUUGCUGAAACAAAGAAGAUCCUUGAGAACAAGGAAAAUGAGACACCAGAAGCUAUCAAGGAAGCCUGCAACACUCUUCAGCAACAAUCUCUCAAACUCUUCGAGGCUGCUUAUAAGAACAUGGCCGCCAAGAACAGUGGAGGAGCCGAAGAAGCCAAGACCGCUGAAGAGCCAAAGAAGGACCAGAACUAA